CGGAAGUGCAGUAGUCAGCUGAUUAAAGCAUAUGAUCUUGCUGGACGGAAAAACAUUUAAUCCAUUCUGUCUGGUAUUUGAACGAAUAUAAGAAAAAGACAAAAUGCCUGGACGGGGGAAAUUAAUCGCUGUUAUUGGGGAUGAAGACACAUGUACCGGAUUCCUUCUCGGAGGGAUCGGAGAGUUGAACAAAAACCGAAAACCCAAUUUCUUGGUGGUGGAAAAGGACACUAGCAUCACAGAAAUAGAGGAGACCUUUAAGAGUUUCCUGGCUCGCAGUGACAUUGGCAUCAUCCUCAUCAACCAGUUCAUUGCAGAGAUGAUUCGUCAUGCUAUCGAUGCCCACAUGCAGUCAAUCCCGGCCGUUCUUGAGAUCCCCUCAAAAGAGCAUCCGUAUGACGCCUCCAAAGAUUCCAUCCUGCGACGGGCCAAAGGCAUGUUUUCAGCAGAGGACUUCCGAUAAGCUGAUACCCCUGUGGGGUCACGUUCUGGCCUGGGCGGGUGUGAGAGUAAACAAGUUUUACUUCUUGUUCUCAUUCAUCUUGCUGAAGCUGGAACCCGUAUUAUAAAGAUUAAAUACUGAUGUGUUGUAAAUGUGAUGUUCUUGUGUAUUUUGCCAUUCCAAAGUUUGAAGAUAAGGAAAUUGUUUAUCAGUGCUCCUAAUAAUAAUUAGUAUAAUUAAUUAUAUCAUAUAUAAAAAUUACAAGAAAGAUAUGUGUUAUUUUACCCCUUGUGUAAUAGACAUAUACCGCAAGUGAUUGUUAUUAUAAAUAUUGUCUAUAUGUUUUAUUUUUCAGUUUGUUCAUUUCAAAGCUAAUAAUGUUGGACUGCAAAACCACUGUUCACUUAUUGACCCCGUUUAAAUCAUUCUCAAAUAACUUACAAAUGCUAACUGGACAUCUUUGGAUCUCUCACUUCUGUAACUGUAAUGCGAUGUGCUGUAAAUGCACAUUUUGUCAUUGUAUUGGCUGACACUUUGAGCACUGGAAAGAGCUGUACAUGGUGUGAUGUAAUUAAAAUAUGUUAACUUAUGUCUGCAAAACUGUGACUCGCAGUUUAUUAAAAGUAAUGGAGUCUGACA